GAAAGAUACUGGAUAUUGGCGCUCCUUCUAACUUCUGCGCAACGUGCAGAAUGAGUGUCUCUGAAAUCAGUCGGUUGUUGAUUACAUAAAUAUAUGACCGUUUCAUCUGUUAGUUUUUCCAAAUUAUUUCCAAUUAGUGGCUGAUUAUCUUCAUUGUUAUCUACAUCUGUUUACGUCUAUGCACAAUGAACGAGGAUAAAUGUCCUAGUCAAAGCGAAAUAAAUAUGAAUUUUAGCACAAAUUCAGAUUUAGAACCGUUUACUGAUAAGGAUGUACUGAUGACCACUGGAGCAGUUGCUCGUAUACUCAAAGAAUCUGGAUCUCUGGAAUCGACCGAACCUAAAGUAGCUAAGUUUUCUGUAAAGCAUUGGUGUAGGUUGUUGAAAAUGCUGCACAGUCAUCAGAAAGUCUACUUAGUGAGGACAAAAGCAGCACGGAAUCUUCAGCUGAGGUGGCUACUUGUUCGACUUCAGGAAAUCUCUGCUGGACGGAUGAUUCGUUGCACAUUUUUGUUCUCAGUGAGGCUGGAAAACCUAUAUAUUCACGGUACGGAAAUGAAAGCGAUUUAUCCUCUUUAAUGAGCGUUAUGCAAGCCCUCGUUUCUUUUGUUGCGAAUUCUGGAGAUGAGCUUCAAUUGAUCAACACGCCUGACAAAAAGUUCUUGUUCGUUUCUCGGUCACAUCUUAUACUAGUAGCAUUCAGUCCAGUUUCUGAACCCACUUCACAUUUGCGCAUCUGCCUCGAAUAUGUAUAUAAUCAGAUAAUAAGCUCAUUAACCUUGCAAAGAGUGGAGAAGCAAUUUACAAGACAUGCUAAUUUGGAUUUACGCAAACUUCUUGUUGGAGAUAAUAGACUUCUAUCCUCUAUCAUAAAUCGAGUAGAAGAGUGUUUUGGGAUAUUUUUGAAUGCAAUCAGCUGUACACCACUAUCGGAAAAUAACAGAGCUGCAAUAUCACAGAUUAUAUGUCAAAGUGCUAAAUUAAGUGGUUUGGUGUUCGGUAUUUUAUUUCAUGGAGACGAUAUUGUCAGCAUUGUGCGCAUGAAGAACCAACAUCUUCGCCCAUCAGAUAUCCAUUUACUUUUAAAUCUAAUUGGAAGUUCACAGUCUUUCAAAUCAGCACAAUCUCAUUGGUUACCGAUCUGUUUACCUAAAUUCGAUGCUAACGGAUUUUUAUACGCCAGUGUUACUUAUCUUAAUGAUUCAAUAUGUAUGGUUUUGCUUAGUGUUGAUAGUGGAAAAUUUUAUCCACUGAAAUCAAUUACUGAAAAAGUAUUCACUUUAUUAAAUGCUACAAAUAAUGGUGAUCAUUUAUCUUCGAUAAUAUCUUCAAAGUUGCCACAAAUUCCUACUAUUGGCAUUAAGAAUUUACGACAUUUUGUUUAUAAAUCUAUUCCAAUCAGUCAAUAUAUUACCAGUGAAUGGACUGUACCAUAUGCUAUUACCUGUGAAUCAUCUGCAGAAUCUUCAAUUGAUACAGAUUCAGAAAGAAAAACCAAACUUCUUAAUAAUAAUAUUGUACAUAAAUUACGUCAUAAUGUUUUGUUAUCAUAUAAACGACUUCAUAUGAGAUUGCAUUCUUCUACAAUACCAGCAAAAUUUAUUUACAAAAUCACAAGUACCGAAUUAUUUUUUGGUUGGAAAACGGAUACUUUCGAAUUAUAUGCCACAUUAGAACCAAUGGUUACAAUAACAGAAUUAGGUGAAAUUCGUAAACAAUUAUUGAAAUGGAUUGAAUCAAAGAAAACACAAUUUUUUAUUUUAUCCUAUCCAACAUUUUAAUUUUCUUACUUCUGUCAUUAAUGAACCUUACUUAUUUGUUACAUUUGAAAACGUAUCAUGAUCAAUUUCACUCAAUUAUAAUGAUUUUA